AUGACGCUCAUAAUGCAGUGGCUGGCGCAGCACAAGGCCGACACCGAGGUGGUCGGCGGCAUCACCGACGAGGCCUUCCGCGAGCGGUCGCUGCCCGAGUGGGACCAGGCCUUCUUCCAGGACCUCGAGUACCGGUCGCUGGCGGAGCUGAUCAUCGCCGCCAACUACCUGGACAUGACCAAUCUGCUCUUCUACACGGCGAAAGCGAUCGCCGGGAAGAUGGCCGGCAUGAGCACCGAGCAGAUGCGCGCCUACGCCGGCAUCCAGUGGGAGGGGCCCAUUCCCGACGUGGAGGAGGGGGAGGAGGAGGAGGAGGAGAUCAACUCUAACCCGGUUCUGGAGGAUUUGGCGGUGGAAAAGGAAAAGGAGGAGGGGAACUAA